AUGUACCGAUUCGCCUCGCUCACAAAGAGUGGCUGGCUCGCCGCAACCCGCAACCCUGCUCUGCAACGGCGCGCAUACUCUGCAGCCAUCCAGGGUCCUGUCAUCGGAAUUGACUUAGGAACAACCAACUCCUGCGUCAGUGUCAUGGAGGGCAAAGUCCCACGCGUCAUCGAAAACGCAGAGGGUGCCCGCACAACCCCCUCCGUCGUCGCCUUCACAAAGGAGGGUGAAAUGGUCGUCGGCCAGGCCGCUAAGCGCCAGGCUGUCGUCAACCCCGAAAACACAAUCUACGCAACCAAACGUCUCAUCGGACGUAAGUUUUCGGACCCUGCAGUCCAGCACGACAUCAAGACCGUCUCCUACAAGAUUGUAAAGGCCGACAACGGUGAUGCCUGGGUUGAGGCUCGUGGCAAGAGGUACUCCCCCUCCCAAAUCAGUGCCUUUGUUCUCGGAAAGAUGAAGGACACUGCCGAUGGCUACCUUGGUAAAAAGGUCAAGCACGCCGUCAUCACCGUCCCUGCCUACUUCAACGACGCCCAGCGACAGGCGACCAAGGAUGCAGGAACUAUUGCCGGUCUGGAUGUCUUGCGUGUCAUCAACGAACCCACAGCAGCUGCAUUGGCCUUUGGAUUGGACAAGACCAAGGACAAGACUGUUGCUGUCUAUGAUCUCGGUGGAGGAACCUUUGAUAUCUCGAUUCUGGAGAUCCAAAACGGCGUGUUUGAGGUCAAGUCGACCAACGGAGAUACUGCCUUGGGAGGUGAGGAUUUCGAUGCCCUCUUGGUCAAGUAUGUCAUGGACGAGUUCAAGAAGGAUCAAGGUAUCGAUCUCUCGAACGACCGUAUGGCCAUCCAGCGUAUCCGUGAGGGUGUCGAGAAGGCCAAGAUUGAGCUGUCGAGUACUGUUCAGACCGAUAUCAACCUUCCCUAUAUUACCGCCGAUGCGACAGGACCCAAGCAUAUCAACUUCAAGCUGACGCGUUCCAAGUUGGAGGAGCUGGUCGCAGAGUUGAUCCGUCGUACGGUCCCGCCAUGUGAGAAGGCCAUUAAGGAUGCCGGUGUGUCGUUGGGGGAUAUUGACGAUGUUGUGCUGGUCGGAGGCAUGUCCCGUGUCCCCAAGGUUAUUGAGACCGUCAAGCAGGUCUUUGGACGUGACCCCGGCAAGAGUGUCAACCCCGAUGAGGCCGUUGCUAUUGGUGCUGCUAUCCAAGGAGGAGUUUUGGCUGGAUCUGUCACGGAUAUCUUGCUGUUGGAUGUGACCCCACUGUCGCUCGGAAUUGAGACCCUCGGAGGAGUCUUUACUCGUCUUAUCAACCGAAACACCACCAUCCCCACUAAGAAAUCUCAGGUCUUCUCGACGGCAGCCGACGGACAGACGCAGGUCCAGAUCAAGGUGUUCCAGGGUGAGCGUGAGCUGGUCAGGGACAACAAGCUUCUGGGCGACUUUAACCUCCACGGCCUGCCACCAGCACCCAAGGGAGUUCCCCAGAUCGAGGUCUCGUUCGAUAUUGAUGCCGACGGUAUUGUCAAUGUCGGAGCCAAGGACAAGGCGACCGGACGGGAUCAGUCCAUGUCGAUUGUGGCCUCCUCGGGACUGUCCAAGGACGAGAUUGAGAAUAUGAUCCGGGACUCUGAGAAGUUUGCCGAGUCGGACCGCAAGAAGAAGGAGCAGAUCGAGGCAACUAACCAUGCCGAGUCUGUGAUUUCCGAGACGGAGAAGAACAUGGAGGAGUUCAAGGGUCAGCUGGAUGCGUCCGAGGCCGACAAGAUCAAGGAGCAGAUCACCAAGCUGAAGGAGGUCUUGGCCAAGGGCGACAACGUUGAGGCGGAGGAGAUCAAGAAGGACGUGUCGGAAUUGCAGCAAGGCAGCCUGAAGUUGUUUGAGAUGGUUUACAAGAAGAACGCAGCCAGCGGUGGUAGUGGUGGAGAUGGUGCUUCUGGAUCGGAUGGACCCACUGUCGACAACGAGCCACCCAAGAAGAACUAA